GGGACUGUGUUGUGAAAAUGGCGGCGCCUCGUCGCGCUUCGCAGCAGCAGAGCCUGCCGUCCCCUCCUCGGAGCGCGUCUCUCUCCCUGACUCCUCCAGGUUCUCCGCCGGUGCCAGCAGGGGCGUCGAGCUCGGUUCCGACGGGUGCCGAGGCGGAUAGUAGCGGAGAUCCGGAUGUAACGCUGGCCUCCCCAGAUCUCCCCGCUCCGGCCCUAAGCAGCAGUAGCAGCGCUAGCUCGACUACAACAUCCACCGGCGGGGGCAGCAGCGCAGGAUCAAGCCCCGAAACAGGCAACCCCAGCCCGGGGGGCGGCGGCUGCGGCGCCGGCGGGGCUUUCAGGGAACUGUUCGAGGCCUGUCGCAAUGGAGACGUCUCCCGAGUUAAGAGGCUUGUGGACUCGUUGAACGUGAACGCCAAGGACAUGGCUGGCCGAAAAUCCACCCCGCUGCACUUCGCUGCAGGGUUUGGCAGGAAGGACGUGGUGGAACACCUCCUGCAGACGGGCGCCAACGUGCACGCACGGGACGACGGUGGCCUGAUCCCGCUGCACAACGCCUGCUCCUAUCUUGGCCAUGCUGAGGUGGUGUCAGCCCUUGCUCUGUGCCAGGGUGCCGACCCCAACGCGCGCGACAACUGGAACUACACCCCAUUGCACGAGGCUGCCAUCAAAGGGAAGAUCGACGUCUGCAUCGUGCUGCUCCAGCAUGGGGCCGACCCCAACAUCCGCAACACGGACGGCAAAUCCGCCCUGGACCUGGCUGACCCCUCCUCCAAGGCUGUCCUCACCGGUGAAUACAAGAAGGAUGAACUCCUUGAAGCAGCACGGAGUGGAAAUGAAGAGAAGCUCAUGGCACUGCUCACUCCCUUAAAUGUCAACUGUCACGCAAGCGACGGGCGCAAGUCCACCCCCCUGCACCUGGCGGCUGGGUACAACCGGGUCCGAAUUGUUCAGCUCCUGUUACAGCACGGAGCAGAUGUACAUGCCAAGGACAAAGGCGGCCUCGUCCCCCUGCACAACGCCUGCUCGUACGGCCACUACGAGGUCACCGAGCUGCUGCUCAAGCACGGGGCUUGUGUCAACGCCAUGGACCUGUGGCAGUUCACCCCGCUGCACGAGGCCGCCUCAAAGAACCGCGUGGAGGUGUGUUCCCUGCUGUUGAGCCACGGCGCUGACCCCACCCUUGCCAACUGCCACGGCAAGAGCGCUGUUGACAUGGCGCCCACACCCGAGCUGAAGGAAAGGCUGACCUAUGAGUUCAAAGGUCACUCCCUGCUCCAAGCAGCACGGGAGGCAGAUAUGGCAAAGGUGAAGAAGACCCUGGCCCUGGAGAUUAUCAACUUCAAGCACCCUCAGACCCAUGAGACAGCACUGCACUGCUCUGUGGCCUCACUGCACCCCAAACGGAAGCAGGUCACCGAGCUCCUGCUGCGUAAGGGCGCCAACGUCAAUGAGAAAAACAAAGACUUCAUGACUGCCCUGCACGUCGCGGCUGAGAGGGCCCACAACGACGUCAUGGAGGUGCUGCAGAAACACGGGGCCAAGGUGAACGCCCUGGACACACUGGGCCAGACAGCGCUGCACCGCGCCGCCCUGGCGGGACACCUUCAGACCUGCAAGCUGCUGCUGAGCUACGGGGCCGACCCUGCCAUCGUGUCCCUGCAGGGCUUCACCGCUGCACAGAUGGGCAACGAGGCCGUGCAGCAGAUCCUCAAUGAAAACAUUCCAGUGCACAACUCAGAUGUGGAUUACCGGCUUCUGGAAGCAGCCAAGGCCGGAGACCUGGACACCGUGAAGCAACUGUGCUCCCCUCAGAAUGUGAACUGCCGAGACCUAGAGGGCCGUCACUCCACCCCGCUGCACUUCGCUGCCGGCUACAACCGUGUUUCCGUGGUGGAGUACCUGCUCCAUCACGGGGCCGACGUCCACGCCAAAGACAAAGGUGGCCUGGUCCCUCUGCACAAUGCCUGCUCCUAUGGUCACUACGAGGUGGCGGAGCUGCUGGUCAGGCAUGGGGCGUCGGUCAAUGUGGCGGACCUGUGGAAGUUCACCCCGCUGCACGAGGCGGCCGCCAAAGGCAAAUACGAGAUCUGCAAACUGCUGCUGAAGCAUGGAGCUGACCCCACCAAGAAAAACCGGGAUGGGAACACGCCCCUGGACAUGGUGAAGGAAGGGGACACAGACAUCCAGGACCUCUUGAGGGGUGACGCUGCCCUGCUGGAUGCGGCCAAGAAGGGCUGCCUGGCGCGCGUGCAGAAGCUGUGCAGCCCCGAAAACAUCAACUGCAGGGAUACGCAGGGCCGCAACUCUACCCCCCUGCACCUGGCAGCUGGGUACAACAACCUAGAGGUGGCGGAGUACCUUCUGGAGCACGGGGCAGACGUGAACGCACAGGACAAAGGGGGACUCAUCCCACUCCACAAUGCAGCCUCCUACGGGCAUGUGGACAUUGCCGCACUCCUGAUAAAGUACAAUACCUGUGUCAAUGCCACGGAUAAGUGGGCCUUCACCCCCCUACACGAGGCGGCACAGAAGGGCCGCACCCAGCUGUGUGCCCUGCUGCUGGCCCACGGAGCCGACCCCACCAUGAAGAACCAGGAGGGCCAGACGCCACUCGACCUGGCCACGGCUGAUGACAUCAGAGCCCUCCUGAUGGACGCCAUGCCCCCCGAGGCUCUGCCCAGCUGCUUCAAACCUCAGGCCACGGUGGUGAGCGCCUCGCUUAUCUCACCUGCCUCCACACCCUCCUGCCUCUCCGCUGCCAGCAGCAUCGACAACCUGGCCGGGCCUGUGGCCGACAUGACCACAGCUGGGUCCUCAGGGGCCGCCGACGGGGCCAUGGGCUCCGAGAGGAAGGAAGGAGAGAUGAAUGUGCUAGACAUGAACAUCAGUCAGUUCCUGAAGAGUCUGGGAUUGGAGCACCUCCGAGAAAUCUUCGAGAGGGAGCAGAUUACGCUGGACGUCCUGGCGGACAUGGGCCAUGAGGAGCUGAAGGAAAUCGGGAUCAACGCCUACGGCCACCGGCACAAGCUGAUCAAGGGCAUCGAGAGGCUGCUGGGAGGCCAGCAAGGCGCAAACCCAUACCUGACGUUCCACUGCGUGAGCCAGGGCACGGUGCUCAUUGACCUGGCUCCCGAUGACAAGGAGUUCCAGUCUGUGGAGGAGGAGAUGCAGAGCACGAUUCGGGAACACAGAGAUGGAGGCAAUGCCGGAGGGGUGUUCAGCAGGUACAACAUUUUAAAGAUCCAGAAAGUGGUGAACAAGAAGCUGAGGGAGCGCUACACCCAUCGGCAGAAAGAGAUCGCGGACGAGAACCACAACCACCACAACGAGCGCAUGCUCUUCCACGGGUCUCCCUUCAUAAACGCCAUCAUCCACAAAGGCUUUGAUGAACGGCACGCCUACAUUGGGGGGAUGUUCGGAGCCGGGAUCUAUUUUGCCGAGAACUCGUCCAAGAGCAACCAGUACGUGUACGGCAUCGGGGGUGGGACCGGCUGCCCCACCCACAAGGACCGGUCCUGUUACAUCUGCCACAGGCAAAUGCUGUUCUGCCGGGUGACGCUGGGAAAGUCCUUCCUGCAGUUCAGUGCCAUGAAGAUGGCCCACGCUCCUCCGGGCCACCACUCUGUCAUCGGGCGGCCCAGUGUCAACGGCCUAGCUUACGCUGAAUAUGUCAUCUACAGAGGGGAACAGGCCUACCCAGAGUACCUCAUCACCUACCAGAUCGUGAAGCCAGAGAGCACAUCCCAGACCACAGCGGGCGCAGAGCAGAAGUCUUAGAUCGGUCCCGACCAGCCCAAUACAGACACUGUUACUGAACACUUCACACAUUCUGGGCCCAAAAGGCAGUCAGCCUCCCUGAUUUUUCUUUGUCAAAAAGAUCCUUUUUUCUUACAGAAAUAACAUUUUUUGGUUGUUAACUGCCAAAAUUUUCUUUUUUUUUCCUCCUGUUUCUUUUUUUUUUGUUUCCUUUUCCCCCUCCCGUCAGUGUUAUUAAGGUUGCCUUUGUGUGAAAAUGUUGCCUUCUUGUGCAUGGUGGUGAACCCGUGUCCCUUCAUCCCUUUGCCUAUCAUGCCGACAGUUAGCGGCAAAGUAGAAGUCGGGGGCCGAAAGGAGGGUGGGCCAUGCACCCACAGCCUGUGGAGAAACUGUGGCGGGAGAUACAGAUGCAGACCUUGCCCCUCUGCAUCACACUGCUUUGACAGAAAACCACCACUCUCUGUACCCUGAUCCUUCAUCUCCGUUACACAGACCAACCUUCAGUGGAGCCAUUUCAAUUAGUGUCCUUUUCUUUUUUUUUAACCGAAGCCCAUAAAGUCACAACACCACGCUCACUCUCUUGGUUUUGUACAAUACUUUUACAAUCAUUAUGAUGAUCAUUGAAUUUUUUUCUAAUUUGUUUUUAGAAGUGCAUCAAAUGGACCAUAUCACACAGUUGACUAACUUUUUUUCCACUUUUUUAAUGAGUUGCAGAGGCCUCUCUGAGAAUGGCAGAGUUUAGUGUAGCAACUUUGAAUUUCCUUUUUUUAAAAAAAAUAAAUAAAUAAUAAAGAAAGCAUUAGGAAAGAUCCUGAGUUGGUGGUGCACAAUGAGGGGAACUAUCAGAGUUCUGUAGGAAAAAAGCGUGAGAAGGACAAGCUCACAGAUUAUUUGGCCACCUGAUCCUCUUUGCACAAGGAGAGCUGUGAAUCCCAGCAGGUGUGCUCCCAUUGUCUCAUCAUAACUCCCACAUUUUAAAGGAUUUGCACUUUUAAAACCGUAAACAAUUAAGUUAUUUUGAGACAAAUGAGAAAUGACAUUAUUGAAAAAGAGAUGUUCAUAAAUGUACAGGUUGUGUAAAGGACAGUGUAAAGCUUUUGUUGUUGUCUAACAAAGUCUGGCUUUUACUUGUAUUGUAAAUGAAGGGGGAUUAUUUUUGGUUUUGUUUUUGAGGAGAAGGAGCUACUCAGCCAUCCAACUGGGCAGUCCUGUUUGUUUCUUUUUGCUUUCAGAAUAAACAUUUGCCGUAGGACAAUGUGCCUCCCUCGAUCCAGUGACCCCAUUUUCCCAAUUUCUUUUUUUUGUUUUGUUUAGUGAACAGUUAAUUCUCCCUAAUGGUUAAGGACUUAUACCUGUGACUUACUAAAACACUACAGCUGCAUCAUUGGCUAUCCUUUGACUUAGCAGUGUAAAGCAGAAAUCAGAACUGUGAGCACAAGCUUUUGCCUCCCUUUGGAGCAAAGGUCAACAUUUGGUGAAGGGUGUGGACUUUAUGAACCAAGGUUUACAGUAAUAAACAUGAUAAAGCUAAAACUCAGGCUGGUGUUGCAUGGUCAAAGGGGCUCCUGCUGAGUGGUGACAGCAGGUUCAGCAGUUCCUUUUGUUUACAGCUGCCUGGUAGUCCUCUAUCUGGGCAUUUGUAUAUACAAAAUCCAUCUACAGAAAUCCACCCAGCCCUCUGCCUGAGAAAAACACUUAAUCAAUUGCUUGACAUUUACUUUUUUAAUGUAAACCAUGCCCUGCACUGACCUGUUAACACUUAAUAGUCUGAAGACCACUAAAACACUCUUGUAAAGCAGUCUUAAUAAAGUACAUAUGG